AUUCCGCUCCCUGCCUUCUCCGCCUCCUCCGCCUCCGCCUCCUUCCGGUCUCCAGUUGUCUUCCUCCCGCCUCCUCCCGCCCCCCUCCCGCAGCAGCCUCUCCCGCCCCCUCCAGCCAGCAAGCGAACCCUAGGCGGAGGGCCACCUUCCACUCUUCCAGAAGCUUUCCCAGGAGGGGAAGCCAGGAUGGCGGCGACAUCGGCGCCGCCCGCGAGCGCCCACGCCAACGGCAACGGUAACGGCUCCCUCGCGGGGGUGGCGGCGCCCGUGGGCGCGCCCACCAACCCCAUGGCGACGGCGCUGCUCACCGAUCAGUACCAGUUCUCCAUGGCCUACGCGUACUGGAAGGCCGGGAAGCACGCCGACCGAGCCGUGUUUGACCUAUACUUUAGGAAAAAUCCAUUUGGUGGGGAGUUCACUGUUUUUGCUGGCCUUGAGGAGUGCAUCAAAUUUAUUGCGAAUUUUAAGUUCACAGAAGAUGACAUUUCUUUCCUGCAAUCAGUCAUGCCAAUCUGUGAGGGUGCGUUCUUCGAUUAUCUCAGGGAAGUUGACUGCUCGGAUGUAGAGGUGUACUCCAUUCCUGAGGGAUCAGUAGUUUUUCCAAAAGUUCCCUUAAUGAGAGUUGAAGGUCCAGUUGCUGUGGUUCAACUUCUUGAGACUCCAUUUGUAAAUCUUAUCAAUUAUGCCUCUUUGGUAACUACUAAUGCUGCACGUCAUCGUCAUGUUGCUGGAAAGUCAAAGGUUCUGUUAGAAUUUGGUUUAAGACGAGCACAGGGACCAGAUGGAGCAAUAAGUGCCUCAAAAUAUUGUUUUAUGGGAGGUUUUGACGCAACCAGUAAUGUUUUGGCUGGACAUCUGUUUGGCAUACCACUUCGUGGAACACAUUCUCAUGCUUUUGUUAGCUCAUAUAUGAGCCUUGAUGAGAUACCAGACAAGGCCCUCAGGAGCAAAGAUGGCUCAAGAGUUUGCCAGGAUUUUGUUAGUUUAGUGCAAGAGUGGCUUCAAAAGAUUCAGACAGCCGAUUCAUUAGGUGGUGUAUUUGGUGAUACAAAUAAAAGUGAGCUGGCUGCAUUUGCAUCCUAUGCAUUGGCUUUUCCAAGCAACUUCCUUGCUCUUGUGGACACAUAUGACGUUAUGCGAAGUGGUAUUCCGAAUUUCUGUGCAGUGGCUCUAGCACUUCAUGACUUAGGGUACAAGGCAUCUGGUAUUAGAUUAGAUUCUGGUGAUCUGGCCUAUUUGUCCAUUGAAGCACGAAAAGUGUUUCAUGCAGUAGAGAAGGAAUUUAAUGUACCUGGUUUUGCAAAGAUGGUCAUUACUGCUAGCAACGACCUGAAUGAGGAAACAAUUGAUGCCCUCAACAAACAGGGUCAUGAGGUUGAUGCCUUUGGAAUUGGAACUUACCUUGUGACGUGUUAUUCCCAAGCUGCUCUUGGCUGUGUCUUUAAGCUAGUUGAGAUAAAUAAUAGACCUCGUAUUAAGCUUUCUGAGGACGUGGCAAAAGUUUCCAUUCCGUGCAAAAAACGAUGCUUUAGACUGUAUGGGAAAGAAGGCUACCCACUGGUAGAUAUCAUGAUUCGUGAAAGUGAACCAUCACCUAAGGCAGGAGAAAGAAUCCUCUGCCGCCAUCCAUUCAUUGAAUCAAAGAGAGCAUAUGUUGUCCCCCAGCAUGUUGAGGAGCUUCUACAGUGCUAUUGGCCUGGGACAUCAGAUAAACCUAGAGCAGAGCUCCCCUCAUUGGAGAAGAUCAGAAGCCGCUGCAUGCAGCAGCUUGAAAAGCUGCGUCCGGAUCACAUCCGGCGACUAAAUCCAACACCGUACAAGGUGAGUGUAAGCGCAAAGCUGUACGAUUUCAUCCACUGCCUAUGGCUGAAUGAGGCGCCAGUAGGUGAACUGCAGUAGAUGAUGGUCGCAUAAAAGAAGUUUUGGGUCAUCUUUGAUACAGCAGCAAUUCAUCGAAAAGAAUUAGAGCUCUUCUGCACAAGCUCAUGGCCCAUGCCGUAGGAUUUUGCUCCCCAGAUUUUUUCCAUCUCGAGUUACCGGUAUAGUAGAAGCAGGUUAAUCAACUCGUCUAAUUUAUACAUCCCUUGAUUGGUGGGAUACUAUAUACACAUCAUCAUGGAAGGAACAGAAUAGUACAUCAUUUGGAGUCGAUGGGAAGAUUAAUAGCCAAAAAUGUUACCAGAUCCUGCCGUGUUUGUCCUCUGCAGUGUACGUACACAUUUGCAGGUGUUGGAUCCAAGAGAGCAGGCACCAGAGCAAAGCUGCUGGUUGCCGCGCUAGCAGGCUUGAAUUGCUGCUGUCACCGUUCCCUGUUCUCGGGUGUUGUGUUACGCAAGGACUGGGAAUGCCGUGGGGUGGGAAUUGAGAAUUUGGGAUGAGUCUAACUUUUUUCUCUCUUCGUUUUCUUGAUAAGGGGAUGAGUCCAAAUGCUGCAGUCAGUAGAGUAAAGCAAGCAGGAAUUGGUGAUGCGCUCGCCAACUGCCCUGGCAUUAACACAGCAGCACUUUUUGGCUGAUUAUUUUUUCUAGUGGUGUUUAGCAUUUCUGUUUUUCUAAACUACCGUUGCGUUAUGACAGCACAUGUAACAGAUCGGUUAGUUGCUUUUGGAUCUUGUGGUGGCA